GCCUUGGGGCUCUCCAAGGGUGGUGUCACACCUCAACCUGCCCAACAUGGAGGCCUUGGGCCGCUUCCCACCCUUCCUUCUCCUCCUCUUCCUCCUCUCCUUAUCCCUUAUCCUUCCAUCGUCAGCCCUCUCCGAUGCCGAAGCGGCCUUCAUCACUCAUCGCCAACUCCUUACUCUUUCAGAGAAUGGGGACCUUCCGGACGACUUCGAGUUCGACAUCAAAAUCGGCAUCCGCUUCGCCAACCCUCGCCUCCGUCGUGCCUACAUCGCCCUUCAAGCAUGGAAGAAAGCCAUCUACUCUGACCCCCUCAACUUCACCGGCAAUUGGGUUGGCCCCGAGAUAUGCACUUACAAUGGUGUCUUCUGCUCCAAGGCCCUCGAUGACCCUAAUGCCACCGUUGUUGCUGGUGUUGACCUCAAUGGUGCCGACAUCGCCGGCUAUCUUCCUCUCGAGCUUGGCCUCCUCAACGACAUUGCCGUCUUCCAUAUCAACUCCAAUCGUUUUUGCGGCAUCAUCCCCAAGAGCUUCUCCCGCCUCACUCUCCUCCAUGAGCUCGAUGUGAGCAACAAUCGCUUCGUCGGGUCCUUUCCCAUGGUUGUCAUAGGCCUGCCCAAUCUCAAGUACCUCGAUCUUAGGUUCAAUGACUUCGAGGGCCCCCUCCCAUCCGAGCUCUUCGACAAGGAGCUCGAUGCCAUCUUCCUUAAUGACAAUCGCUUUAGCUCCCAUAUCCCUGAAAACUUCGGUAACUCGACAGCUUCCGUCAUCGUCCUCGCCAACAACAAGCUUGGAGGGUGUAUUCCAUCUAGUGUUGGAAGAAUGGGAGCUACCCUCAAUGAAAUGAUCUUGAUGAAUAAUGGGCUGGUUGGCUGCUUACCAUGGGAGAUUGGAUCACUGGGUAAUGCAACGGUGUUCGAUGCUAGCUGGAACUCAUUAGUCGGAGUGCUGCCCAAGAGCUUUGCUGGGUUGACCAAAGUUGAGGAGUUGGAUUUUUCGCACAACGUCCUCACCGGCAUCGUAUCAGAAAGUCUUUGUCGGCUACCAAGCCUCGUCAAUCUCACAUUCUCAUAUAACUUUUUCAAGGGUGAGGCCGAGGAGUGCAUGCCCGGAGCAAGACCAGAUGUUGUGUUUGACGACAUCAGCAAUUGCCUUCCAAAGACACCAAAGCAAAAAUCGGCAACGAUGUGUGCACCAAUUGUGAAUCGUCCAGUGGAUUGUAGCCAAUCCAAGUGUGGAGCUUCUCCUAGCAACCCGUCAAAGCCGUCACCGUCUCCGAAGCCAUCACCAUCUCCGAAGCCGGUAAAGCCAUCGCCAUCCCCGAAGCCGGUGAAGCCAUCGCCAUCCCCAAAGCCAGUGAAGCCAUCACCUCUGAAGCCAUCAGUUCAAUCACCACCUCCACCAUCUCCAACGCCAGUGUACUCACCUCCACCUUCACCAUCUCCAGCACCAGUGUACUCACCUCCACCAUCUCCAACACCAGUGUACUCACCUCCACCAUCUCCAACACCAGUGUACUCACCUCCGCCUCCACAGAGGAAGGAAACAGUGGUCACUCCAGUGCACUUCCCACCACCCUCACCAUCUCCAACGUUCUCACCUCCGCCUCCACAGAGGAAGGAAACAGUGGUCACCCCAGUGCACUUCCCACCACCCUCACCAUCUCCAACGUUCUCACCUCCGCCUCCACAGAGGAAGGAAACAGUGGUCACCCCAGUGCACUUCCCACCACCCUCACCAUCUCGAACGUUCUCACCUCCACCUCCAUCACCAAGUGACACUCCCGUAGCUCCAUUGCAGUCUCCUCCGCCACCACCUUUGGUGUUCUCACCGCCACCACCACAAUCCAGGGAGGCACCUGAUACACGUGUUCGCUCACCACCACCACCAGCUCAAUCUUCUCCGCCUCCAAGACCAGUAAGCUCACCACCACUACCAGUGUAUUCCCAGCCUCCUCCAGUACACUCGCCACCCUCUCCCAUAGUCCGGUCUGCACCUCCUCUAAUCUUCUCACCACCUCCUCCAGUGAACUCACCACCUCCACCUAAUGUCCACUCACCCCCUCCUCCUAUGAGCUCACCACCCCCAGCAAUUGUUGUUCACUCACCACCACCUCCACCGGUCCACUCACCACCGCCACCCGUCUUCUCGCCACCUCCUCCAGUUCACUCACCACCUCCACCGGUCCACUCACCACCGCCACCCGUCUUCUCGCCACCUCCUCCAGUUCACUCACCACCCCCACCAGUGGUCCAAUCUCCGCCACCUCCAGUCCACUCACCACCACCACCACCACCACUAGCAUCUCCUCCACCACCGGUGCAUUCGCCUCCACCACCGGUGUACUCACCGCCACCAUCAGUUGCUGCUCCACCACCACCACCCCCCGUCUUCUCCCCACCACCACCCGUCUUCUCUCCACCUCCACCAGUCUCCUCACCACCACCACCACCAAUUUCAUCUCCUCCACCACCCGUCUUCUCUCCACCUCCACCAGUCUCCUCACCACCACCACCACCAAUUUCAUCUCCUCCACCACCUCAAGAUGACUUCAUCCUCCCACCGGUUGGUGGAACAAGCUAUGCAUCACCACCUCCACCAAUGUACGCGGGCUAUAACUAAAUCUACUUAGCCCUCCAUUCUCCAAGAACAACCAUAUGCGAUAAGGAAGUACUUGUUUUUACUUUCUUAUAAAUGGCAAUGCAAAAGAGGAGGCAGGAUGAGGCAACGACUUGUGAAUCUCUUAUAUCUUCAUUAAAGGAAUCUUAUUUAAAUGUUCAUAUGCACUGUAAAAAAAUAUAUGUGAUUGUGAAUUAUACUGAUUUUUUUAGAGGAUACUUCUUUUAGAUUAA